AUGCUUCCCGUGUCCUGCGCGCUCACUGCCUUCGUGUUCACAUACGUGUCGGCGCUGGAUGCGAUGGUCGCAACCUCGCAACUCACUGGAGGUCAGCACCGGAGGGAAGUUGUUAAGAGCAACUGCACCAAAGCGCUAAAGUUGGCUCAGCUCAGCAAAAGCGCGGUUGCGUUAAGCGGCAAAGCUUCAGCGCUUGCAUCAGCUGCGAAUGAGGUGUGGACAAGAACCGAUGCCAUAAAACAAAGUGGCGAGGAAACCCUUCAGGAUGCUAAUGAUAACGCACAAAUCAUAGCCCACCACAACGUCGGCGGUCGAGGGGGUGGAGAACGCGCAUAUGCCGCUUUUCUUCGUGUGGAUGCGGCUUUUGAGGAACUUCGAGGUGCCGUGAAGAAUGUGUGGCUGCUCAAACAAAAAACGGUGAAGCAUGCCUUAGCAGCGGAACAAAGGGCAAACGUGACACAAGAAAGAGCUCAUGCCUCACUGUCAACUGCCUUGUCACAUAUAAAAGCAACCACCACAGGUGGAGCAGAUCCAGAGGAGGGCCAGCUCGCGAAUAAUUGCUUGAAGGAAGUCGAUCUGCUUCUUUCCAAAAAUACAACGACGGUAAUUGCGGCAUCUGAAUUCGAAGCCGAUAAAAUUUUUAAAAAUUGCUACCCAGAAGUAGUAAAUGCUUUCGUGGAGACUGAUGGGUUACUGAAUAAUGCCACUGAGGCGAAAGAACGGCUUGACGCAGCCGAAAAUGAGGCUCGCGUGAAGGCAAAGAAAGUACGGGACGCAGCACGGGACGCAGAGGUGCUGGCUGCGGGGGGAAACAAAUCAUCGAACCAAUGUAACCUUGUCUGGAGGUUGGGGUUUAUGUUGUUUGUGGUGGUUUGUUUCACAACACUGGGAUUAGAGUCAGAGGAAACCGCCUGA